CGAGCUAAAACCACUGACAGUCUCUCUCGAGAUCGUCUGACGUAAAGAAAUAUGGUCAGGCUCGGCGGUUUCCUCUUCAAAACCCUUCUUCUCCUUCUCUUCGCUUUCAACACAAUCCCUCUCAGCAUCUAUUUCUACCGAUCCCAUUUUACGGAAAACCGCGAAUCAGUAAGGGAAAACCACCAAUCCCUAACGGAAAACAGCCAUCCUUUAACGGAAAGCCGUCCAUCCCAAAACCCUCUAAAACCAUGGCCAUCUCUGCCCUCCUUCCUUUCAUGGUUCCCAAACCCUAAGGUUCCUCCUCACUCCUGCGAGGGGUAUUUCGGGAACGGAUUCUCCCGCCGCAUUGAUCUCGUCCGUCGAUAUUCGGGAGAUCACCCUGGGCGAUCGGAGCCCGGGUGGUUCCGGUGCUUCUAUAGCGAGACGCUGGAGAGCUCGGUCUGCGAGGGUGGGCGGGUUAGGAUGAACCUGGACCGGAUACGGAUGUCAUCUGGCGGUGAGGGGUUGGAGGAGGUGAUCGGGCGGGCGGAGGAGGAGGAGCUCCCGUCUUUCGAGCAGGGGGCUUUUGAGAUCGAGGCCCCGGGAGGGGUAAUUGGGGAUGAUGGGCAUGGAUUGGCGGUUGUGAGCAAGGAUUUUCUGGAGCGGUUUGUGCCGCAGGGGGCGGUUCAUUACCACACAAUGCAGUCGCUGCUCAGCUCAAUGCGGUUUGUGGGGUCCGGCGAUUUUGAGUGCUCGCAGUGGAUUGAGGAUCCAACACUUCUAGUGACACGUUUUGAGUACGCAAACAUGUUCCACACAGUUACGGACUGGUAUAGCGCAUAUGUUGCUUCUAGAGUUGCUCACUUGCCUAAUCGGCCUCAUUUGGUUUUUCUAGAUGGGCAUUGCAAGACUCAGUUGGAAGAAACUUGGGAAGCAAUGUUUUCAAGUUUGAGAUAUGCUAAAAAUUUCAGUGGUCCAGUUUGCUUCCGCCAUGUGAUCCUCUCACCCUUGGGUUAUGAGACAGCUCUGUUUAAGGGGCUGACUGAAACCAUUAGAUGUAAGGGAGCCCCUGCCCAUGAACUACGGGAGAACCCAGAUGAUGGGAAGACGGCACGGUUAUCAGAGUUUGGGGAAAUCCUCAGAUCAGCUUUAGGCCUUCCGGUGGAUGAUAGACAGGUGCCAAAGCCAGUGUCUGGCCACAAUGUGCUUUUCGUGCGGCGAGAAGAUUAUUUAGCUCACCCUCGUCAUGAUGGCAAGGUCCAAUCAAGGCUAAGCAAUGAACAGGAGGUGUUAGAUGCUCUAAAGAGCUGGGCCACCGCCGAUCACUCAAAAUGCAAAAUAAAUAUCAUCAAUGGGUUGUUUGCUCACAUGCCCAUGAAAGAGCAGGUCCGUGCCAUUGAGGAGGCUUCAGUCAUUAUAGGGGCCCAUGGGGCGGGCCUCACUCACAUAGUUGCUGCGUCGUCAAAGGCGGUGAUUCUCGAGAUCAUCAGCAGCCAAUACAGGCGUCCGCAUUUCGCAUUGAUCUCGCAGUGGAGAGGGUUGGAAUAUCACGCCAUCAAUCUCCAGGGCUCAUAUGCGGAACCCAAUGAAGUCAUUGACAAGCUUAGCAGCAUAAUGAAGAAUCUUGGGUGCUGAAAGACUUUGGUUUUCAGAUGCAUGUAGAUCUUACCUCUCUUGUCAGAAGGCGGGCUCAGCAGCAGCACAUGGGUGCAGAUUUAGAAUUCUCUAGCAAUCCUCUGCAUUUGGAUCUUUAGCAAUACAGUGAAAUCAUCUGACUGCUAGAAGUGCUUCCAUGUUGCGGAUCCAAAGUCAGCCUCCUUUGCAGCUGUUGUGCAGAACAAUCUCUCCUUGGUUUGAGAAUAUGGAGGCUUUUGAUCGGUGGGUUGUGCCCAAAAUCCAUCCUGACCAUGUUCAACACUGGGAGUUGCAAUGCCAGACAAAAGAGAAGUGGAGAGGAAGACUGAAGCAGCGGCCCGCCUGUAAAUUUUUCAAAAGGAGUCGUGCCACUUUAACCCACUUCAGCAAAAUACUGCCGGUUAGGUUAGUGAUUAACCACUCAUUUUUCUAAUUUACCUCCAGUCGUAUUCUCCAAACCCUCAUUAAGGUUAGGUUUAGAUGCGCUGUCUGUUUGAAUUGCAAUAGUCAGUUCCAUAAAGUAUGAAUGACGGAGUAGUCAUUACAGCAGCAUCCAAAUUGGAAUCAUGUUACUCUUUAUGUUGGUUUGAGGUCUACUUCACUAUUAUGAAUGUGCAAUUACUGUUUGGUUAUUUCAUCCCUGUUGUGAUUUAAUUCAAUAGCACAUCCAAACACUGCCUAACGUAUUAAUGUCUUAUUUUGGUUGUUUCAAGGUCUCAUUGGAACUCCACUUAACUUA